AUGUCGAAAUCACGAGGGAAUGUGGUUAACCCAGAUGAGUUAGUAGAAAAAUACGGAGCCGACGCCUUACGACUUUACGAAGUAUUUUUAGACCUUUGUUUUUACAGAGAAAUACCCCGGAAUGUUCUCGGUCAUAUUCAAGAAGAUUUAGAAGAGUCUGAUUUACCUUUUAAAGUUGAUUUGGUUCGAUGA